AUGGAAUAUCAACCAAAAGUUAUCUUAAUUACUGGUGGUGCUGGAUUUAUUGCAUCUCAUGUAGUUAUUCAUUUUGUCAAUGAAUAUCCACAAUGUACAAUUAUUAAUGUAGAUAAAUUAGAUUAUUGUUCUUCCUUAAAGAAUCUUGAAGAAAUCCAAGAUGCCCCAAAUUAUAAAUUUUAUAUCGCUGAUAUUACUGACCAUCAUACUAUGCAAAAGAUUUUUGAAAUGGAACAUGUUGAUACUGUUCUUCAUUUUGCAGCUCAAACUCAUGUAGAUAAUUCAUUUGGAAAUUCAUUCCAAUUUACUCAUAAUAAUAUUUAUGGUACACACGUUUUAUUAGAAAUUGCUAAAGCUAAUCAUAUUAAAAGAUUUAUCCAUGUAUCUACUGAUGAAGUUUAUGGUCAAGUUAUUGGAAAUGCUGCAACUGAAAACUCUUUAUUAAACCCAACUAAUCCAUACUCAGCAACAAAAGCUGGUGCUGAAUUUAUUGCUCGUGCAUUUUAUCAAUCGUUUGGACUUCCAUUAAUCAUUACAAGAGGAAAUAACGUAUUUGGACCUCAUCAAUUUCCAGAGAAAUUAAUUCCUAAAUUUAUUACCCUUCUUGAUAGAGGACAAAAUUGUCCACUUCAUGGUUGUGGUGAAGAAAAAAGAAGUUUCAUUUAUGUCCAAGAUGUUGUUAAUGCCUUUGAUUUAAUCUUAAGAAAAGGAAUUAUUGGACAAAUAUAUAACAUUGGAACUACAAGGGAGAUUUCUAACAAUGAAGUUGCACAUACCCUUCUUGAUAUUUUCCAAGUACCAAAAGAAGAACAAGAUUCAAGAAUAUAUCAUGUUAAGAAUAGAUGUUUUAAUGAUCAAAGAUAUUCCCUUGAUGUUAGUAAAUUAGAGAAAUUAGGAUGGAGAGCUACUACGUCAUUUGAAGAAGGACUUAAGAAAACUGUUGAAUGGUAUUUAGAACAUAGAAACAAUUGGGAAAGAACAGAUGAAGCUCUUGUUCCACAUCCAAGAUUUGGACAAAAGGAAAUGUGA